CCACAUUGUUGCGAGUUUGCGGUUACCCACUAGACUUUAUUAUUAGCUAUCUUGUUUCUCGAGCUAUACACAAGCACUUUGCUUCUACUACUGUACAGUGCAAGCUAUGGAUAUCAGCGCAUUUGGUGGUCGUCGUAGCGGCUACCCUCGCAAGCCAGAGACUCAGAGAUCAAUCUCCUCCAAUACAAGAUCCCCACUCAGCAAAGCAGCAUCAAUGGGGCUGGCAUAUGUGAAGCAGUCCUCCUAUUCUGCAGCUAACUCACAACCACAAGUCUCAUCUCCAAAGACCUAUGUCACUGAUGGAUUCGCCUCUCUACCGAGACCUAAACGCACUCCUGCACAGCCUGCUCAGAGACGUAAGGAGGUCAACAGUGUGUUGCAAGGCUACCUCAAGUCCUUGGGCUCCAUGGCUCGCUCUAUAGAACUGGAGAAGGAGACAGUCAAGCAAGAACACGUGCAAUGGACCAGCAUGGAUGAUGCUACUAAAGAGGAGGUGGUGAACGAUCACUUCAUACCCCAGGAUAUACGAUUGCAGUACAGCUUUGAUUUCCCCAUUGAUCGCUCUGUCAGUCGUGCUAGUCAUUGCUCUGUGCCUCCUAGUUGGCCUGGCCGUCCACAAAGCGCUCACUCUAUGCAUGAUGGGAUGUUUCCGGACGGAUCCAGCUCUCAACCCAAUGAUUGGGAGGGUGAUCAGUACAGGCAAAGGAGACAGCUGCCAGGAUCCAGUCAAGAGGACCUCUCUUACAGAGACCAUCGAGUGAACACUUUGGUGCACGGAGACCCAUCUCUCAGCCUCUCCCAGCCCUCACUCAGUUACAGCUACGAUAACGUUGACCCCACUACUCCCACCUCCUUCAACAGACUACACAAGCAGCAGCUAUCAUUCAGACCUAGCCGGAAGCAACACGCGGUGAAGCCCCUCCCCCCAUCUCAAGUGGUGUCCAGGCAAGGCCUCGGCAGCGACGGAGAGAGCCCACGGAAUACCUCUGAUGAAGAUUGUAACAGACACCGCCAUCUUGAACUACCUCAGUUGGGAUUUCAACGCAGCAAACUGCGAAGCUACAGUAUGAGAAGUCGUCGAGGGCCGAGUACAAGUAGGAACACCUCAGCGAGGGGGAGCAUGAGAACACAGCGUAGGAAACCAGCAUCCCCUGAAAACAAUCACAAGAAUCAUGGACCCACUGAUCCAUCCAGCCGACCAAGCCACUAUCACACUUAUUCUAACACUUCAACAGACACUGAUUAUGAUGCAGAGAUUGACCUACCUGAGGCUUCACUAUUACUGGACCACCUUCAAGCUUCAGGAUCACCAGAUAAACAACCUGACUCUCGUCUGCAUAGAAGAAACUCUCGUACUAGGAGGUCGCUAAAAAGCACUCCUAAAGUUGUACUGAGCACGCCCUCCCCUCCGAGCACACUGACACGACAGGCCACUCUGGAUAGCUCAAUGGACGAUUUGGAUAUUGAUGAAAGUGUGUUGGACUAUCCACUGCACAGAACUGGCUCACGGGAUAGUCUGGAUACAAUGAUCCCCUCCACAAUCUCUAAAUCAUCGUAUCUACAACAUUCAGAUGAUGACGCUCUCAGUACAACUGCCAGUGAAAUGUCAAGAAUGACUCCAGACUCUAUGCUUAGCAGUUCAUCGUUUAGACCAAAGAACAAACAAGCUGAGCUUGCAGUCAUGAGGAACAGGAGAGGGAAGUGGGGAGGUUCAUCGUAUCGACAUGUCACUUCUAACUUUGCAGAGAGGCACACCCAGUUCAAGCCCAACAGACUGCAUGGAAACAGUAGUGUGCAAACCUCAGCUUCAACAACUCGAGCUUCGUCCCCUAUUGAACUGACCAGCACAGAUGUGAAGCCGCCACGGUUCUCAAAGUAUGGCUCUGCUACUGAUAGCAUCACUAGUGACCUCCCCCGCUCUCCCGACCAUAUUACUAGUCCCCCCAUCACACCGUCUGCCAUGCUGGCCAGUAAUGCUACCUAUCUGUUCAGUGAUAAGAGAGAGUCGGGAUACAUUUCAAGCAGCUCUGAGAGUUUCCCCAUUAGACGUUGACAUUGAUUGACUCCUACCCACCCACCCACCCACUCAACACAAGGCUGGAUUGUUGCAGCUGCCAGAGACACAUUGCAAACAUGUAGCAUAUCAUAAUUAUGCAUCUUUUUGUUAUAAUUAUUCCCACCAGGUCAAUUUUGUGUUUAUUGUGUGUGUUGUGUGUAACAUGCUCAGCUUUUUAUUUUUAUCACACGUACCCAGAACUCCAUAAUUAUGAAUUGAAAAGUAAA